GGGUAACCUCGCUCACAUAGAUCAGUGUUUAGCUUGCCAGCAGGUAGCGCUGCCUUGCGCACGCUGACCCGAAAAGAGAAAAAAAGUUUGAGUGUUGCUCUGAGAUUUAACGCUUGCGCAGAACAGGUUGCCUGGCCAGUUCCUCUGGCUGACUUACCUGAGAAGUACAUCAGUUUCGGUCGAUAUCAGAAACGAAGAACCAGCGAAGGGGUGACGCGCCGUCUUUCAUCCGAACCCGGACUCCGGUAAGCGCGAGAAGUUCAAUUAAAGCGCGAGGACUGUUUAUUAAAAUACAGAUUGAACAAGUGAAAGGACGGAAGUGGCUUUUGGCACCGCAGGUGUGCUCGUGUUUUCUCGCCCGUACGCCACGAGUCCUCCGAGAUAGGAAACGGAGAUCGUGACAGGUUGGUGUAUCCCUACUUGUCCACACUGCAUUGCACGUCUCAUUCCGGUAGACGCCGCCGUCGCGGAAAGCCUGGGAAACAGCUGGAUGCCUUCCUCCUGAGUGUCGCUGUUAGCAGUCCGGUAUCGGUGCCGUUUUCCCUGGUCGAUUAAAGCGUUGUCUCGCGACCCCGUGGGGGAAAAUGAUGGGGUUUCUCCGCAGGACGUUUAGCCGUCGGUCAAAGAGACGUUUUCGGACGUCAGACGAGCUGGACGGGACCGGCAGAGGCGGAAACACAAUUCUUCAGGCGCACCAGCAGCAGGUGAUUCACGCGCCGACUGUAGUGACCGGGGGAGCCGUAGUGCACAUUCCCGCUGCGGGCAACAGCAAAGACGCCAUCACAUGCAGAGUCCUGCUGCUGGACGGAUCAGAUGUCAGUGUGGAAUUACCGAAACACUCCAAAGGACAGGAUCUGUUUGAUCAGAUUAUGUAUCAUUUGGAUCUGGUGGAGGCUGAUUACUUCAGCCUGCAGUUCAUGGACCCAGAGCAGGUUGCGCACUGGUUGGAUGCAGCCAAGCCCAUAAAGAAGCAGAUUAGACAUGGACCUCCAUACAGAUUGUUUUUCAGGGUUAAGUUCUAUUCAUCAGAGCCCAAUAACCUCCAUGAGGAAUUCACCAGGUAUCUCUUUGUACUGCAGCUUAGACAAGACAUACUGUCUGGCAAGUUAAAAUGUCCGUAUGAUGUGUCUGUGGAGCUCGGGGCAUAUUGCCUGCAGAGUGAACUUGGGGAUUGUGACCCUUUAGAACACUCUGUUGUGUUGGUAUCAGAGUUUCGUUUUUCACCCAAACAGACAGAGAUCAUGGAGGCAGAUAUCUACCACAAAUGGGCUGAGUGCCGGGAAAUGAGUCCAUCUCAAGCUGAAUUGAAUUUUCUGAAUAAGUGUAAGUGGCUGGAGAUGUAUGGAGUGGACAUGCACUUUGUGAAGGGACGGGAUGGAGGAGAAUAUGCCCUGGGGCUCACACCAACUGGAAUCCUUGUGUUUGAGGGAUCCAGCAAAAUUGGUCUCUUCUUUUGGCCUAAAAUAACCCGUCUUGACUUCAAGAAGAACAGACUGACUUUAGUAGUGGUGGAGGAUGACGAAAAGGGCCGAGAGCAGGAGCACACAUUUGUGUUUCAGCUGUCGAGUUCUCGGGAGUGUAAGCACUUAUGGAAGUGUGCAGUCGAGAGCCACGCCUUCUUCCGGCUCAGACAGCCAGCCCAAAACAAGAGCAAUCGCAGUGACUUCACACGCCUUGGCUCACGCUUUAGAUUCAGUGGAAGGACUGAAUAUCAGGCCACACAUAGUGGUAAAGUCAGGAGGGCGAGCACUUUUGAGAGAAGACCAAGUAAAAGAUACCCAUCACGAGCCCAGUCAAUGGGCAAGGCCAUCACUCCGGCAAAACAUCCACAUCUAAGUGCUCAAACCAGCCCUGACCCAAGCUUACAACCGUAUAAGCGCAACAUUCCAAUUGCACAGGAACCCUGGCAAAGAUCACAACCGUCUAGUUUGACCCCUCCCUUGUACGUACAGCCAAUAGAAUUGGGACACGCUCCGCCACCACACAGUUUCCCUUUGAGCAGUGCAGACACUCAGAGGUUUAGUGUGGAAGAGAAUGAAGCUCCUCCUUUUGGAAAUAUCCAUCGCUGCUACCAUCACCAUGGGUACGAAAAACAGGAAGCCCUGUGCCUCACAACAGCUAAACCUAAAGCUUGGGUCGUGUCUCCUGGACGCAAAGAUUUGCACAGUCAGAACCAGUUGGAAGCGGAACCAGCACCUUGGCCAGCCCUCCAUAUCAACAUAGACAUGGUAGAGGAAAAACCAUUGUCUGAGAAAAGUCUUCCUUGCUCCCCUGCGGUUCAACAGGAACAGCUCAAGAGCAACAUCUCCAAACGUGCCACCCAGAGUGAUAGUGGAACAUCAAAGGGGAAUUCUUCAAGUGGAGACCAAACUGACAGGUAUCCCAGCUCCUCACAGGAUUCAGGCUCAAGCAGUCUGAAUACAGAGAAGCCAAGGGUGGACCGGCGCAAACGCCUCGUCCGGCAGUUCAGCUUAAACCAUUCAAUUCUGAUGACAUUGAGAGAAGUAUUUUUACAUUUUCUUCAUAACCAUAGUGAUGAAGAUGACCUUCCAGAGGCACUUGCAGCCAUAUCCUCCCAGUGCAGUUUGGGAAAAUCCACGUCAAGCAACUCAUUGGACAAACAAGUCCAGCCACCAAUUUACCCACCGCAGAAGGAUGCUCCACGGUUGGAGCGAUGUGACAACUCCCCACACUUCUAUCCAAGUCCAGUACCUCACCUGCUACCCUAUUCUACACACACAGAAAGCUCUGAAGACCUGAGGAUGGAUAGAGAAAAACUGCUGAGGGCUCUUUUAAUGACAGAACUCUGAGACAACAUACACAUAACACAACUGCUUACAGACAACAAACCCUACUUGGACAACAGAGCCGUUAAUUCAAUGCACUAUUUUCACUGUUACACUGUAUACGGACCUGAAACAAACCUCCAUCACAUAAGAGCUAUUUUAGCAUGUUUAAAGCGGUCACAGAACAUGGUUUCCAGAAGCAUUUGCUUGUUUGCUUAUUCUGUUAAUAGCAUGGCAUCAGUAUCGCCCUGUAAACUGUACAAACUGACAUAAUGAGUGGCUAAUUUUUAAUAAUUCUUUAUACUUAUUGAUCUCAGUGUUUUAUAAUCUGUGUCCUUGGGGUUGGGGUUGAGAGGCCAGAGUUUGUUGAAAUGGGUCAUGUUUGGCAUUAAGCUGUCAGUGUAUUGGCCUACUGUAUAUUUGGCUAUGUUCGGAAUAGCAUACUAUCGUACUGCUCCCACUAUUUCUGCAGAGAGUAGUAUGUAUAUAUUGUGUGCAGUAUGCACAUUUUGUGCACGCAUGGAAUACACGGGUGACCUACUACAUUUGCGAAAAUAUGCAGUAUACAGUAGAGCAGUGAUUCCCAACCAGGGGUACGUAAGCAGGUUCUAGGGAGUAUGCGAAAAGAAUUGGAUUUUGCUAUGUUGAACCUCACAAAAUCACAUGUGUGACUGAAAAUAAAAAUGAUAAAAUUAGCGAUGGGUAAAAAUACUGAUUUUCCAAUUAAUUGCAAUCUUCAUUUGCACUAUCCCGAUAUAAAUUUCAGGUUUAUUUUAGUUAUAAUGUCCAAAAUGCUCAAGCGUCCAAGAUUCACGUGGCGAAAAUUUGGAGAAGGAUGUUGAUGCAGGUAUUGCUCCCAAAAGGGGUGGGUGCUCCAAACCACCAUUAAAGAUAUUGGGAGCCCCUUACCUUAACCGUUUCCCUAACCUUAACCGUGAGUGGAAGUGACGCAACCCCGCUUCUGGGGUAACCACACCCCCUUCUGGAUUUACCUCGCCCUCUUUUGGAGAUGCCGCCCCUAUUUGGAGGUUGCAGCUAUACCUACUUGAAAAUUUGGCGACUCUAGCUUGACUUGACCGUCCUUUUUCAGAUUUUCUGAAAAUGAAAUGGAAGUAUCAACUGCAUUUUACAUUUCCUUUUUGACCCAUUAUUUGAUCUAACUGCCAAGAGUUUUUCACAAAACUGGAUUAAAAAUUACAAACCAAUCAUUUUUGAAAUAACAAUAUUAAAAUAAUACAAUUCGUUGAACUUGCAAAUGUAAUAAUGUUUUAGCAUACUAUUGUCUGAAACAUUUGUCAUUACAUAUUGUGUACUACACAAACUAUUUUUAGAAAAACAGUAGACGCAUAGUGUAUCCUACACAGUAUGUAGUAAGUAGUAUGCUAGUAUUCCAUUCUGAACAUGCCGACCGUGCUCACAUGUCAUGCAAGGUUCCUAAUAUAUAUUUUGUUAAAUAUUUUACUGCUAUCUCUAAUAUAAAUUUUCAUAUGAAACUACAGUUUUAUAAAACAACCUACUUUAUCUGUAAUAUACAGUAGAGGAAAACUUUUCAGUAAGUUGAAGAGACAUCCAGUUUUGAAGCUCACAUUGCGCAAUAGAGGGCAUUAAAGUAAUAGUUCACCCAAAAAUUAAAAUUAACACCAAUUUCUGAUGGUCCAAAAAGCACACUUAGUCAGCAUCAAAGUAAUCCACACGACUUUUUCACAUUACUUUGAUGCUGACUAAGUGUGCUUUUUGGACCAUCAGAAAUUGGUGUCCAUUCACUUGCAUUGGAUGAGGCUAAAAGCCUGGGAUACUUUUCUAAAAAUCUUAAAUCCUGUUCUGAUGAAGAAAGAAGGUCAUAUACAUCUUGGAUGGUCUGAGGGUGAGUAAAUUAUCAGUAAAUUUUCAUUUUUGGGUGAACUAUUACUUUAAAUAUUCAUUUUAGAUUUGCCUUUGAGAAGCGAGUUAGGAGGCGCAACAAAGUGAAAUUUGAGCUUUUUUUAUUUUCUUGUAUACAACUUGAUUAUCAUAAAGGAGAGCAACUCCAAUGGUAAUAUUUUGAUAUAAUCACACUGAUUUAAAUAAAAAUGUAUUCCACGUAGCUCAGUCACUUCUCACUUUUUUAGGUGAAAAUGUACAUAUGUACAGUAGUCAGUGAUUAAGUCACUCAAUCUCUCAGAAAAGUUCUUAAAUUUGCUUUAUUUUAAGUUAUUAUAAAAUAUCAAAAUAAAAUAAUACUUUCUCCAAACA